UCCUCUGCUACGAGAGAGAGAGAGAGAGCGCGAGCAGAACCCGCGCAGAAAAGUAGCUACCUCUCCUCCCCCACAGCGCGCUCGCGAGAUCCCCAACUCCGCCGCAGAUUUCUCGCCGGAGCGACCCCCAUUGCGGCGCGGGGGUAGCGAUUCCACGGCCUGGCUGCUGCGGAGAUUCGGUUCGAGCCCGGUUGGCGGGGAGGAGGCCGUCCGAGCCGCCGCCAAAGCGCGCGCGCGCGUUACGAGGGGUAAUUUAUAGAUGACGAAGGCAACGACUCUUUAUGGGGGCAAGACUCAGAGUGAGGCCCUACGGCCAGGGCCAUUGCGUCCAGCAAAUAUCAUCAGAAGCAAAUUUCCUACCUACAAGAAUGGUUCAAACGGUAUAGUGAUCAAGCUGGCUGAUGACCCAGCAAUGCCACCUCUCAAGGAGAUUGUUGCAAAGGAGACUGCAGAUCUACUUGAUCGUCGCCAGCGUCUCUCUGUCCGUGAACUCGCCAUGAAGUUUGAGAAGGGUCUCCACACUGCCACUUUGUUGACAAAUGAGGUUAAAUGGAGACAAGUAGCUUUGCUGGAGCGAGAUAUCCUUCUGAAGAAUCUAAAGAGCGUAUUAGAGUCUCUGAGAGGGCGGGUGACAGGCAAAACUAAGGAUGAAAUCGAGGAGUCCAUAUCUAUGGUGGAGAUUCUUGCAGUUCAGCUCUCCAAAAGGGAAGCCGAGCUGCUUCAACAAAAAGAGGAGGUCACAAAAUUAGCAAAAUCAUUAAAGCAGGCUUCUGAAGAUGCAAAGAGAAUUGUUGAAGAAGAAAGAGCUAAUGCUCAUACAGAGAUAGAAAGUGCUAGGAAUGCCGUGCAAAGAGUUCAACAAGCAGUUCAGGAGCACGAAAAGAUGUCCCAAAGUACUGGGAAGCAAGACAUGGAGGAACUAAAGAAAGAGGUUAGAGAGGCCCGGAGAAUCAAAAUGUUGCAUUACCCCAGCAAGGCAAUGGAUCUGGAAAAUGAAAUACAAAUUUUACGUAAGACAUUUGCUGAGAAGUCCACGGAUUGUGUUAAUCUUUUGAAAGAGUUGGAAUUGCACAAAAGACUAAAAGAAAAUGGCCCCCCUUUGUUUGAUUUGGAGGGUCUCCAAUGCUUAGGAUCAAUGUUACGCAUAGUUUCUCUGAGUGGUAUUUCUAUGGCUCUGUCAAAUAUUUCAAUCCAGUGGUUCCGCAUACACCCAAACGGAAGCAACAAAGAGAUCAUUUCAGGUGCCACGAGACCGGUAUAUGCUCUAGAGCCACAUGAUGUUGGACGCUCUGUGCAAGCUGAGAUCAAUAUCGACGGUGAAAUUGCAGUAGCGAAGACAGCUGGGCCAGUAGAUCCUGAUGCUGGAUUGGUGGAUUACGUGGAGACACUCAUAAGGAAACCUGAAACUGAGUUCAAUGUUGUUGUGCUUCAAUUGAAUGGAAUUGAUCAGCCAAAAGAGUCGGUUUAUGUUCUCAAUGUCGGAAGAUUGCGGAUGAGGCUUACAAAAGGGAAGUCGGUGGUUGCCAAGGAAUUCUAUUCCUCAUCAAUGCAGUUAUGUGGUGUUAGAGGUGGCGGCGAAGCCGCCUCGCAGGCGAUGUUCUGGCGACCCAGAAAUGACCUCAGCUUGGUGCUGGCCUUCGAGACAGCCAGAGAGCGCAACACAGCGAUCAUGCUUGCUCGGCGAUUCGCUAUAGACUGCAAUAUCAUCCUUGCUGGGCCAGGCGACAAGACUCCCUGGUGAAGAAAGACGGGCACCGGUGCUCUGCCGAUCCGACGGCGUCCAUCGAUCCGCGACUCCGUGCCGUGAUGUACAUUUGCGUGCACGGUGUGUUUGCAUCUGUUAAUUCCUCUAAUUUCUCUUCUUCAGUUGGGUCUGUUAUGUUCCUCCUUUUGUGGUAGCAGGUUUCUGAAAGGCGACGCCGCGCGCACCGUUUUAACCGCCUCGGCGCCGUCUUUCUUUCUCACCGUGCUGUGUGUUGUUCAGUCGCGAGCGUUGUAAUCUGUUGCUAGGAGCCAUGAAAGUAAUCUAAGCUUGAUCUAAUUGUAGCA